CAAAGUUGCCAUCUUGCUUUUCCUUUUGAGAGAGAUCAGAGGGGGAGAGAGAGAGAGAGAGAGGGAGAUGGGGAUUUGGGGUUUCCUUUGCUCAAUAGGUGACUCACUUAAGGGCUGGUGCUCGAGCGCUCGUGGUUACGGCUCGGCAGCCGUUACCGAGAUCAACAACGGUAGGAUCAAAGCCACCCAGAAGCUGUCGGACAAGAAAACCCGGGCCAAGAUCGCCCCGAUCGCAGUCGAUCUGGCCAAAAACGCCGCCAUUUAUAGCUGCCAGGAGGGUCUCAAGAGCAUCCCAGGUGGAACAUUGAUUAGUGAGAUUAUCUGGCGAUCAAUUCGUGGUGAAAAGAAGUGUGAGUGUAAUGAAGGGGUGAUGAAGGCAUUGCAAACCAUGGUAGCCAAAAUGGAGGAAAUCAUUAAAAAGUGGGUUGGAAGAACUAGGAAGAACCCUAAGUGGAUAAGAUAGGUGCAUGGAGUGAUGAAAUGGUUACUAGCCAUGACAUUUUUCUAUGUUGUGUAAUGAUAUGGCAUGUAAUAUAUUAUGGAGCCCAUAACAACCAUAAAAAGGACUGAAAAAAAAAAAAACAACCAUAAAAAGGGAUGUCCGCAUCUCACUGUGUGUAAUCAUAUGGCAUGUAUGUUGGGGAAUUAGGCGCCACUAAUUCUUCUGCAAGAUCUUAAGAUUCAAUCUGCCAAGAAAAACAACAACACACACAAAACCACAAGACAAGAAUUUAUACGUGGUUCGGCCAAUACUGCUUACAUCCACCGAGUUGCAGAGAUUUCACUAUAUUUAGGAGAAAAUUACAAUGAGAGUUUACAAGAGAUAUUUUCUGAGAGAGAUUGCACACAAUUCUCCUCUGUAGUGUUCUACAAUUUAUAUGCCUUAUACUAGACUUAUCUCUCUAUA